CCCACUGAAAACGUCUUCAGUUUUAGGGCAGGAUUGUAAAUGCGCCAUGACUCCGUAUGUGUUGAGCUUGUAGCAAAACUGAAUGUUCCGACGCUGUAAGGCCCCUGUCCAUGUCUUUCACGUCGUUGUAGGCGACUCCAAUAAGAAAAACAAAAGAGCAAACCAAGAUGGAGUAUGAGUGGAAACCAGACGAGCAAGGACUUCAACAAAUUUUACAGCUUCUGAAAGAGUCCCAGUCUCCCGAUACGUCCACACAAAGAUCCGUCCAACAAAAACUGGAACAAUUAAACCAGUAUCCCGACUUUAACAACUACUUGAUAUUUGUGCUAACGAAGUUAAAAUCUGAAGAUGAGCCCACGAGAUCCCUGAGUGGUCUCAUACUGAAGAACAACGUGAAGGCGCACUACCAAACCUUCCCCAAUGGCGUUUCGGACUUCAUCAAGAACGAGUGCCUGCAGAACAUUGGGGACGCAUCCCCACUCAUCCGAGCCACUGUGGGUAUCUUGAUCACGACCAUUGCCUCCAAGGGAGAGCUGCAGAACUGGCCGGAGCUGCUGCCCAAGCUGUGCACCCUCCUGGACUCCGAGGACUACAACACGUGCGAGGGGGCGUUUGGUGCUCUCCAGAAGAUAUGCGAGGAUUCGGCCGAGAUCCUGGACAGUGACAUUCUGGACCGGCCCCUGAACAUCAUGAUCCCCAAGUUCCUGCAGUUCUUCAAGCACAGCAGUCCCAAAAUCAGGUCCCACGCCAUCGCCUGCGUCAACCAGUUCAUCAUCUGCCGAACCCAGGCGCUCAUGCUCCACAUCGACUCUUUCAUCGAGAACCUGUUUGCUCUGGCGGGCGAUGAGGAGUCCGAGGUGAGGAAGAACGUGUGCCGGGCGCUGGUCAUGCUGCUGGAGGUCCGAAUGGACCGCCUCCUCCCGCACAUGCACAACAUCAUCGAGUACAUGCUCCAGCGCACCCAGGACCAGGACGAGAACGUGGCGCUGGAGGCCUGCGAGUUCUGGCUGACCCUGGCGGAGCAGCCCGUGUGCAAGGACGUGCUAGGCGGGCACCUCUCCAAGUUGACUCCGGUUCUUGUUAAUGGGAUGAAGUACUCUGAGAUUGACAUCAUCCUCCUGAAGGGCGACGUGGAGGAGGACGAGGCGAUCCCGGACAACGAGCAGGACAUCCGGCCGCGUUUCCACCGCUCGCGGACGGUGGCCCAGCAGCACGAGGCGGACGGCAUCGAGGAGGACGACGACGACGACGACGACCUGGACGACGACGACACCAUCUCCGACUGGAACCUGCGGAAGUGUUCUGCAGCCGCCCUGGACGUCCUGGCCAACGUGUUUCGGGACGACCUGCUGCUGCACAUCCUGCCCCUUCUGAAGGAGCUGCUCUUUCACCCCGAGUGGGUCGUCAAGGAGUCCGGCAUCCUGGUGCUGGGUGCCAUUGCUGAAGGCUGCAUGCAGGGCAUGAUCCCAUACCUCCCCGAGCUCAUCCCCCACCUGGUCCAGUGCCUCUCUGACAAGAAGGCCCUGGUGCGCUCCAUCACCUGCUGGACGCUCAGCCGCUACGCACACUGGGUGGUCAGCCAGCCGCCCGACACCUACCUGAAGCCCUUGAUGACCGAGCUGCUCAAACGCAUCCUGGACAGCAACAAGCGCGUCCAGGAGGCAGCCUGCAGUGCCUUUGCUACUCUGGAGGAGGAGGCUUGCACAGAGCUGGUGCCCUACCUCGCCUACAUUCUGGACACCCUCGUCUUCGCCUUCAGCAAGUACCAGCACAAAAACCUGCUCAUCCUGUACGAUGCCAUCGGGACCCUGGCCGACUCCGUCGGGCACCACCUCAACAAGCCGGAGUACAUCCAGAUGCUGAUGCCUCCUCUUAUUCAGAAAUGGAACCAGCUGAAGGACGAAGACAAGGAUCUCUUCCCUUUACUUGAGUGCCUGUCCUCUGUGGCCACUGCCCUGCAGUCUGGCUUCCUCCCAUACUGUGAGCCCGUGUACCAGCGCUGCGUCAACCUGGUGCAGAAAACUCUCGCCCAGGCCAUGCUCCACAACUCGCAGCCCGACCAGUACGAAGCGCCAGACAAAGACUUCAUGAUCGUAGCGCUGGACCUGCUGAGCGGCCUGGCCGAGGGCCUGGGAGGAAACAUCGAGCAGCUGGUGGCACGCAGCAACAUCCUCACGCUGAUGUAUCAGUGCAUGCAGGACAAAAUGCCGGAGGUGCGGCAGAGUUCGUUUGCCUUGCUGGGUGAUUUAACCAAGGCUUGCUUUCAGCACGUGAAGCCAUGUAUCGCGGAUUUUAUGCCUAUUCUGGGUACUAAUCUCAACCCAGAAUUAAUAUCAGUGUGCAACAAUGCAACAUGGGCAAUCGGGGAGAUAUCUAUUCAAAUGGGCGCUGAAAUGCAGCCCUACAUAGCCAUGGUGUUGCACCAGCUGGUGGAGAUCAUUAACCGACCAAAUACCCCCAAGACAUUGUUGGAGAACACAGCAAUAACAAUUGGUCGUCUUGGUUACGUUUGUCCUCAAGAGGUGGCUCCCAUGCUACAGCAGUUUAUAAGACCCUGGUGCACCUCUCUACGCAACAUAAGAGACAAUGAGGAGAAAGAUUCUGCUUUUCGAGGAAUCUGCACUAUGAUCAGUGUCAAUCCGGGAGGUGUGGUUCAGGACUUUAUAUUUUUCUGUGACGCAGUGGCCUCAUGGGUCAAUCCAAAAGACGAUCUACGAGACAUGUUCUGCAAGAUCCUCCAUGGAUUUAAGAACCAGGUGGGAGAUGAGAAUUGGAGGAGAUUCGCAGACCAGUUCCCUCUGCCCUUAAAAGAGCGCCUGGCCGCCUUUUAUGGAGUGUAAACCACUCGCAGUCAGCCAGAAUAGGCCUGUCUUGGGGGUUAUACACUAUGGGAGACAACGGGGAGCCUCUAGACCCAGGGAAAAUGUUACCCUUUACUUGGGGGAAGGGUAGACCAGUGGGGGUGGGGGGACUCGGAGCUGUCCACGCCCCUCUGGGCGGGGUGGGAGGGAGGUGUUAGCCGCGGCACUGUUUACACACAGGUGUGACAGAAAAUCACCCGGCCAAUUUCGAGGGAGGAAAAAAUUAAUCUUCAAAGCUCAAUCAGAUGUUAAGAAGUAAACACGGAUUAUUUUCAUCCAGUUCUAGGGCAAAUCUGUGUAGAAAUCUGUAAGGCAAAAAAAGGAAGCAAACCUCUGGGAAUCCUCUUUUUUUUAAAGUAAAAUACUGGGUUUAAACUUAAUGGGGGGUGCACAGAAAGAAAAAAAUGUCUGUGAAAGAGGUUUAAGAUGAGGCUACUAAAUCUUUAAGUAUCAGUCAGAGCUUACAGUAAGGACAUAGGCAUGGAGUAAAACUAGACAAUUGCAUGUAAAUGAAGAAUUCACAAUGAAGCAAUGGUCUCAGCUAACUGUUAUGUGUCUUCAGUGGACAAUUGCUAGCAAACAAAGAGCAGUACAUGAUGGUUAAGUAAACGCUAAAACUGUCAUAUUAAAGACAGACAGUCUAAUCAACAGAGCCUGUAAACCAGUCACGUCUCUAUUUCAGCAUAUCAUGGGAAUCAAACCCAUCUUCAUAUCGUCACAAUUGAACCAACCAACAGAAAAUCGAGUUUCACACAACGCAGACACCUGAACAUUUUGUUAGCCAGGUCAGAGGCUGUCGACGCAUACAGCUUGACAAAUGUCACGCAAGUGCAUUUGAUUUUAUUUGUUGUGGUGGAAAGUCGUCUUAAAAGAAAAGUAGCAUGCUUGCAUCAAAGUGGGGAUGGAAUACAUCUACAGUAAUGUGUUGCACUGGGUUUGUGUUGCAUAGCCCUGUGUUAAGAUUCUACAACUCAUUUCUUUUUUCUUUUGCAGUAGAGCUCCUGAUUUCUGUUAAGGAUAGGUUUAAGUACAGUAGUUCCAGUAAGGCCUAUAUCUGUAGGAAAUAGCCUAGGACUAAGGUUGAUAAGUGUCUGUAAACCUGCACAGUGCUGGGAAGCCGAUUUACCUGUGCAAACUUUGCUUCUGUGCUGUCAAUGUGAUGUGCUUUCUGCAUGGACAUAUACUAGUGAAUAAUACCAGACUUUCUUGAGACUAUAACAAGCUGUGUGGUAAAGAGAACUGUCAAGGGCUUUGUUGAACAUUAGGCGUCGACCUAAGGACAAUGCUCAAAGUCUGUUCGCUGUUCUUGGUGGUCAAUCCCCACUCAACAUUAUUUUCAUUUUAUUAUUAUUUUCUUGUUCAAAGCAUGAUCUUUUAAGAUGCUUAUUAUAAUUUUUAUUGUAAUGUAAUAAGCAGGGUACUCAGAAACUUGAUCCACGCAUGUUGGUGGCCCUUACUACCCUAAGUAGAUGAAUGGGUACUAUGUAGAAGAAGGUGGACUACUAUCCUCCAUGACAUAUUUGGCUUAUUGACUUCUCAACUUUUUCAGUCCAUGUUGUGAGAGUAUCCCCAUGUUUAUUUACCCUUUCCCCUGACCCUAAUGUGUAUUUUGUUAUACUGUUUAAUACUGUGAACUUGGGACAAAAUAGAUCUGGUACUUGUGUGUUUUGUUUUUUGAUUCUGCAAAAGUGCAAGUCUUGAAUUCUUGUAUUGUCUGACUGUAUCCCAUGAUGAAUAUGGGUUGGGGUUUCGCCAACCAUUUAAAUUGCUCUGCUGGCCAGAGUGUGGCCUGCAAUUGUCCUCCUUAAGGCACACAGAUAUGUCAAAAAAAUGGCAUACCUAAGUACAUGCAUACACCUCUAAAGCCAUAGCAGCCUCCUGCAAACUGAUAGGUGUCCCAUGCUAACACUCAAGUCCGAUUCCUCUGUCUUUGCAUGUUCCCAUUCUGUGUGUUCGUGGUGAGUGGCAUAUCCUGUUGCACUGACUAUGUUAGCCUAAGCGUGUGUGUGUGCGUGUGUGCGUGUGUGUGUGUGUGUGUGUAUGCGUGUUUGUGCAUGUGUGUUUGGAUUCUUAAGGGAAUAUUUCUCCUUUUAUUUUGAAGAAAUAUGCUUUCGAGUGCAUGGGAGCAUGCUUCCCCCCACAUUCCUCAUUUUUCUCAUCUUUCAAGACAUUUUGCCUCCACCAGCCACUGGUAAAUCCUGUAUUUUAGCAAAUAUAGAGGCAAAAUGUAAUUCUGAAACAUACUAGUAUUCAUAGACAUACACCUGUUUGUUGUGUGUGGCCAUGUUAUUUGACCUCCUCUUCAUCUCCACUAUGACUAGUGAAUGAAUAGUGUACUUACCAUACACCAUUGGAAUCAGAUGACAAAAUGUAAACCCGAAUUCCCUCUUUCUAAUGAGUCAUGGUCCAAGUGGAAGCUGCCACUUAAAAGUAGGGUUUUCAUGGCUGUUUGGAUAAGUGCAAUCAAAGCCUGAGUAGAUUUAAAUCGAUUACAGACUAUUUUGUAUCAUUGAAAUUUACAUCAGGUGGGGGAAUAAGGAAAAAAAGGAAUGAUGCAUUACAAAAUGCUAAUUUCCGUGUAUUUGAGACUAAAAUUAGUCGACUUGAGUAUUUAUUGUUAUUUAUUUUAAACUCACAUUUUAUCUGCCUUAGGUAAUGAAACACUUGAAAGAAUGGACAGUGUAAAGGCAAAACAAAAAAUAUAUAAACAUCAUGGGAUAUAUGAAGCGCCGUUUUCUGUGGUUUUCAUGUUUUCUGUGCUGCGUGAAUGUUUCUAAAGUUGUGAUACUUUUGUCUUGUCACAUUCCAGCUGUUUGGCAUGCUAAAAGCACGGCUUAAUUUGUCUGCUACUAUCACACUGAAUAAAAUGCUGUUGGUGUCCUGUCUUACAGAUAUGGCCGCUGCUAAGUGAUCACGUAGUUUUCUACUUGAAUAUUUUUUUGUUGUAGAAACCUCAGGAGGUCCGUGUUUACUGUUAUUUUUUUAUAUGUAUGCCUUCUCCAUUUGAGCUUCCCUUAUGAAGGACUCUAACAGUAAUAGAAUAUAAAGCAACUCCUGUUCAACCCUGAAUAGAAAAUUUACAUGGGUGUUAAAUUUCAAAAAACUUUCCUGUCUCAGGGAAAAGUGAGAAUAAUGUCUUGACUAACUUUUAUGACUGACUGUAGUAGACAGGAAAAUGCCAAAUGGCACUAAAGAGAACACCCUUUGUUUUACAGUGUGGGUGUUGAGAUAAAAUAAUACGAUUACUAAAAUACAAGUCGUAAGGUGGGGAAAAUAUCAGCUGAAUAAAUCAGUCUGGCACAAUUUAGCUGAGGGUAUAGUGACUUUGGCUCCUUUUUUUUUUUUUUUUUUUUUUUUUUAAAGUGCAGUAUUUACUUUGAUGCCUUGAAAAUCAGCUGGAUAGUUUAACUGGGAAUCGUAUUGGCUAGUUAGGAGAAAAUGCACAUUGCACAUUGAGCUCAUUUUCUCUCGUAUGAUUAGAAUUGGGGUUGAAGAAGAGGCUUUUCUUAGGAAAAGAGCUUGAAUAAAAAAGCUUUAUGAAACGCAUCCAAGUUUCCUAAUACAGCACCAACUACUGUAAUGUUAGAAUGUUUCCUUCAAAAACAUCCUCCAGCAAUCUUCUCUAGCUGUGUAUACUUGACUAGUAUUUCUUGAAGUCUGCCUUCACACUUUCGCUAACAUGAGAGAACUUCAUUUUGAAUAGUAAUAUGGUUUUAAUUUUUUGAUAAGCUGCUGAAUUUUAAGGAAAAAAAAAUUUUGGGGCCACCAAAUAUUUUGGAUCAUGCAAAGAAUAUAUAUUGUACUGUAGUAAUUUUGUAAUGACAUUUGUAUGAUGUAGUGAUAGAUGUGAAUGUUAAUCACUGCUUGGAUAUGUACAUUGUUGAAAAUAAAUUGUUUACAUAAA